AUGGCUGCGCAUGCAAAGGUACUGCUUCUUGGCAAAAUUGACCACGCAACUGCAUCCUGGGAUUCACUCUCCGAGCAUGCACAACUUGUGAAGACUCAAUCAACUAGCAGAAAAGAGUUUCUCAUUGAGCUUCGAAGUGGAAAACUGGAUGGAGUUGUUGCCAUAUGUGAUCGUGCACCUUACAGUCUGGCAGUCACCGGAAAGUUCGACGAGGAGCUAGUGCAGGGACUCCCCAAAAGCGUUAAGUACAUCUGUCACAAUGGCAAAAAUAUUCUUGUCUCAAACUGCCCCGAGGUUGUGGACGAUGCUACGGCCGACACCGCUGUAUUUCUGAUCCUGGCUGCGCUAAGAGGCUUCAACAACGGCAUUAUGUCCAUACGUAAUAGGACUUGGACGGGCCACGUACCUCCAGGGCCUCUUGGCCAUGAUCCCCAAGGCAAAACUCUUGGUGUUCUGGGUCUCGGCGGCACUGGCAUCAAUCUGAAGAAAAAGAUGGAAAUGUUUGGGAUGAAGGUUAUCUAUCAUAACAGAUCACGUUCUGUUCUGUCUGACGGCGCCGAGUACGUCAGCUUUGACGAGCUACUUGCAAAGAGCGACGUAUUGAGUCUUAAUCUACCACUGAAUGUCAAUACCCGAAACAUCAUCUCAACCGGAGAAUUCGAAAAAAUGAAGGAUGGCAUCGUCAUUGUCAAUACGGCCCGAGGCGGCGUUCUGGAUGAAGAUGCCCUGGUCAAAGCCUUGGAUUCUGGCAAAGUUCUCUCAGUAGGGCUCGAUGUCUACCAAAGCGAGCCUGACAUCCACCCCGGUCUUCUAUCAAACCCGCAUGUCUGCAUGCUACCGCAUAUGGGCACAUCGACUGUAGAGACCAAAACAAAGAUGGAGGAGUGCACUAUCUCAAAUGUGCGGUCGGGUAUUCUGACGGGAAGGCUGGUUACAUUGGUUCCAGAGCAGGCAAAGCUUAAAAGUGCUCCUUCUCGAUAA